GCGACGGCCGCGGCACGCACGCGCGCGCGGGGAGGAGAGAAAAGGCGUCCUGAGAUCGUGUUGGCACCGAUGUCGAACCCUAACGGACCGGGGGGGGUCCUCGGCGCGGACGACGCCCUGAACGCGGACUUGAUGGAGAGCUUCCGGGAUACGGGGAUGUAUAACUUCGCGAGCGAGUUCGAUAUCCUCCCCGAGCCGACCGGGGUCAUGCCGGGGACGGACGCGGGGUUGGACGCCGAGCCGGGUCCAGUCCCGACCGGGUUAGACUCGCUCGGGGUCGACGACGGCCUCGGCGUGAUGAACGACGACCUGGCGCAGCGCGCGGGGGUGAAGCGCGAGCCGAUCCCGAUAGGAAGUCCGUUCAGAGGCGGCGCGAACGAAGGCGGGCUGAUCGGUCAGGGCGCGGUGGCGGCGGCGGCGGAGGCGGUGGAGCAAUCGCGACGACGGCUCUCGGACGCGACGACGGCGGCGGGCGCGACCGCGGACCCGUCGUCCCCGCCCGCGAGCGCGAUCAAGAAGCAGGCGAGGAUCUCCCAGAGUGAGGUGACGCCCACGCCGCCGCCGCCGAGCAGCUCGAAGAAGCGGAAACAGCUCGCUUCCGGUGGGGGGACCGGGGGAAGCACCGGAGGGAUGAACACCGCGGAGAAGGAGAAAAACGGGAAAGGCUUGCGGCACUUCAGCAUGAAGGUGUGCGAGAAGGUGGAGGAGAAGCACAAGACGACGUACAACGAGGUAGCGGACGAGCUCGUCGCGGAGUUCUCGAAACCGGACGACCCCAAAUUCUGCGCGGAUCAGGCGUACGACGAGAAGAACAUCCGACGACGCGUGUACGACGCGUUGAACGUGUUGAUGGCGAUGGACAUCAUCACGAAAGAGAAGAAGGAGAUCACGUGGAAAGGGUUGCCGCAGAUCGCCGGGGGCGUCGGAGGCGGCGGCGUCGGAGGGGGGGGCGGAGGAGGGGGCGACGCGGCGGAGUACGAGAAGCUCCUCGCGGAGAAGAAGCGCGUCCAGGCGUCCAUCGAGAAGAAAAACGCCCACCUGCAAGAGCUCGUGGAGCAGUACAAGUCGUAUCAGGCGCUUCUGCGGCGAAACGAGACGAGAGCGACGCGCGGGGAGACCCCGAACGGGAUUCAGCUGCCGUUCAUCCUCGUCCAGACCGCGCCGACGGCGACGGUGGAGAUCGAGAUCUCCGAGGACCAGCAGCUGGUGCACUUCGACUUCAACGACGCGCCGUUUCAGAUCCACGACGCCAACUACGUCCUGCAACAGAUGGCGCUGAACGAGGACGGGCUGUCGAGGUUGGACCUUCAUCGCGCGGAGGAGGGCGCGGAGGGCGGGGUCGGGGGUGGUGGUGGUGGGGGUGAUGCUCCGGCGUUCGCGGAGAUAGACGGCGCGGAUUUCGCCGCCGCCGCCGCCGCGGCGGCGGAGGUGGAGACCGAGACGGCGUCGCCCGGCGAGGCGCGGCGGGGGACGAGAGGAGACGACGCCGACGACGGCGGACGCGGCGGAGGACGGUCGACGCGGAAAAAGUGA